AUGAUGGACAAUAAGACGGAGAGUAAAGAAUUAGAUUUUACUGGGAUAUUUCCAACUUGUACAGAAAAUUUUAUAUGGGAUAUAAAUGUCCAUAGAAGUAGUAAUACGCCUCAUCAUUUUACUGAAUUGUGUAGUAAUUUUAAGAAUGAUAUAACAGAAAAUGAUUCUAACAUUGAGAAUUUUAUUAAAUAUUGCCGAGUUCUUGGUUUAUAUUUAGAGCAUUUAGUUAAUAAUAAAUAUAGGUUGAACCAAGUAGCAUGUUGUAAAUAUUUUUAUUACAAGCUAAAAGAGUAUAUACUAGAUAAGUACCCGUGUACAUGUGAUGGAGCCCAAGAGUGUUAUAUGAAAAUGUCACAAAAAGAGGAUUUAAAUUCAAUACACAAAUAUCUGCAUGAUGCUUUAGCCAAACAUGCCGCAAAUCUCUUAUAUGAUAAUUGGAUAGCAGAGAUUAGUAUGAAAAUCAAUAGGACUGAUGCAGAAAUAAUAGCGAAUGGAUGA